ACCCCACCCCCCGCACCACUUCCGGCAGGCGCUGCGCUGCUGGGGGGCGCGGGUGAGGAUGGCGGCGGAGAACCAGGCCAGUCAGGAGAGCGCUCUGGGCGCCUACUCGCCGGUGGACUACAUGAGCAUCACCAGCUUCCCGCGGCUGCCGGAGGAUGAGCCGGCUCCCGCGGCCCCUCUAAGGGGCCGCAAGGACGAGGACGCCUUCUUGGGAGACCCCGAUACAGACCCGGACUCCUUCCUGAAGUCCGCGCGCCUGCAGCGGCUGCCCUCGUCCUCCUCGGAGAUGGGGAGCCAGGACGGGUCGCCUUUGCGCGAGACCCGCAAAGACCCGUUCUCCGCCGCGGCCGCCGAGUGCUCCUGCCGCCAGGAUGGGCUCACGGUCAUCGUUACGGCCUGCCUCACCUUUGCCACGGGCGUCACCGUGGCGCUCAUCAUGCAGAUCUACUUCGGGGACCCUCAGAUCUUCCACCAGGGCGCCGUGGUGACUGAUGCUGCCCGUUGUACCUCACUGGGCAUCGAGGUGCUCAGUAAACAGGGAUCUUCUGUGGACGCAGCUGUGGCAGCGGCCCUGUGUUUGGGAAUCGUGGCUCCUCACAGUUCUGGCCUGGGCGGCGGGGGUGUGAUGCUGGUACAUGACAUCCGACGCAACGAGAGCCACCUAAUUGAUUUCCGGGAGUCUGCACCAGGGGCCCUCCGGGAAGAGGCCCUGCAGAGAUCCUGGGAAACCAAGCCUGGGCUCUUGGUGGGGGUUCCCGGAAUGGUGAAGGGGCUACAUGAAGCUCACCAGCUCUAUGGCAGGCUGCCAUGGUACCAAGUCCUGGCCUUUGCAGCAGCUGUGGCCCAAGAUGGCUUCAACGUAACCCAUGAUCUAGCACGUGCCCUGUCAGAACAGCUGCCGCCCGAUGCAUCUGAGCACUUUCAUGAGACGUUCCUGCCAUCGGGCCGCCCACCACUACCUGGCUCACUGAUGCAACGGCCUGACCUGGCCAUGGUGCUGGAUGUACUUGGCACCUACGGCCCCGCUGCCUUCUAUGCUGGUGGUAACCUCACGCUGGAGAUGGUUGCCGAGGCUCAGCAUGCAGGGGGUGUCAUAACUGAGGAGGACUUCAGCAACUACAGUGCCCUCGUGGAGAAGCCUGUGUGUGGCGUGUACAGAGGCCACCUGGUUCUCAGCCCCCCACCCCCGCACACAGGCCCUGCCCUCAUCAGCGCUCUCAACAUCCUCGAGGGCUUCAACCUCACCAGCCUGGUCUCCCGGGAGCAGGCUCUUCACUGGGUGGCAGAGACCCUGAAGAUUGCACUAGCCCUGGCCAGCAGACUGGGAGACCCCAUCUAUGAUUCUACCAUCAUUGAGAGCAUGGAUGACAUGCUAAGCAAGGUAGAGGCUGCCUACCUGCGGGGCCACAUCAAUGACUCCCAGGCAGCCCCUGCCCCCCUCCUGCCUGUUUACGAGCUGGAUGGGGCUCCCACGGCUGCCCAGGUGCUGGUCAUGGGCCCUGACGACUUCAUUGUGGCCAUGGUCAGCUCCCUGAACCGGCCCUUUGGCAGUGGCCUCAUCACCCCCUCGGGGAUCCUACUCAACAGCCAGAUGCUGGACUUCUCCUGGCCCAACAGGACUGCUAACCACUCUGCACCCAGCCUGGAGAAUUCGGUGCAGCCGGGGAAGCGGCCACUGUCUUUUCUGCUGCCCACUGUGGUCCGGCCAGCAGAGGGGCUCUGUGGGACCUACCUCGCCCUGGGGGCCAAUGGAGCUGCCCGGGGCCUCAGCGGCCUCACCCAGGUUCUGCUGAAUGUCCUGACCUUGAACCGGAACCUGAGUGACAGCCUGGCCCAUGGUCGCCUACACCCGGACCUGCAGUCCAACCUCCUACAGGUGGACAGUGAGUUCACAGAGGAAGAGAUUGAGUUCCUGGAAGCGAGGGGUCACCACGUGGAGAAGGUAGAUGUCUUAUCCUGGGUCCAUGGCAGCCGGAGAACCAACAACUUCAUCAUCGGUGUGAAGGACCCUCGGAGUCCAGACGCAGCUGGAGCCACCAUCCUGUAGAGCAGCAGGGUGGGGUGGGGGUCUCUGCUCCCCUCACCUUUGCAUGUUCCUUCUCCCAAGUUUGGUCUUAGGAGGACCCCAGGGAUGCCCCAGAUCAGGGGCCAGAGGGGAUGCUUAUCAAACCCUUCCCCAGAGUAACUGGAAAAUUCUCCAUCCAGAGGCCUUGGUGGUGAUGGUGGUGGUGGUGGUGGUGGUGGUGGUGAGUGUCAGUGUUCAUAUCAGGCAGACAGGACCUCGAGGAGUCAGAUUAUCUGUCUGUCUCCUUUCCCUCAGCCAUGCUGGCCUUGAGCUUAGGGAUGUGCUUGCAAACCCUUCUCAAGGGUUCUCACAACCCCAAAAUCUCCAAUCCGGCCUUACCUGGGCCUUGUCUUCCAGCUCCCUUCUCUUGUCCUCAGCCUCAUUUCUUAAAAGACUAGGAUUUUUUUUUUUUAAUGGACCAUCCUGGGAGGUUCCUCUCUUCCUCCCACCAGGUUGAGGCAGGCGCAUUGUAUCUGUGGUCCAGGGUAUGGAAUCCCUAGGGGUGGGGGUGGGAACCAGCUCAGGGGCUUCCAUUUGCAAGGGGAAUUAAAGAAAGAAUAUUACUUAA